UUCACUCUCUUAACAUGUGGGGUUAGAAUAUUAAUGAGAAUAAAAAAUCGACGAGUAAUGUACUGAUAUAUUCAUCAAAAUUCAUCGCGAAUUAUGCCGAAUGGAGCGCAACCCAGCAAAACAACUUAUUAAGAAAUUGUGCGUUUGCCGCCACAAACUUAUUUACACGCCAAAGAAGAAGGAACCGAAGGACUACUGCAAGAAAAAGAGACAGUUUUUCGUGCACGAUCCGGGCUCGGACGAAGAGAUAAUGUGGCACGAGCCCUAUAUGCGGACCCUUCGUCGCGAGUUUUCAGACGAAUCUGUAGCAUGCGACUCCAACUUCGAGUUACCCUUAAAGGAUAUCGCCCUGCCUACGACAGGCGUAAGAAUUCGGCAUGACGUAACUUUGACAGCUGAGCAGGAAGCGGAGACAGAACCGGUCGAAACCGAAAAAGGGGAUCCCAAAGGCAAGAUGACUCUGCCGUGGCAGGAUCUGCUCAUCACGGAGACCCUGCGGAGCACCCUGGAGGAGCCGGAGGCUUGCGACUCCUUGGUGGAGUUACCCUGGGGCGAUUUGGCCUUGGAGAAACCGAUGGUGAUACGACCGCCUAGGGAAGAUAGAACCUGUGCGCCCGAGGAUGUCGAGAUCCCGUGGGACGAGAUCCUGGUGCCGGAGAAUAUCGUCAUCGAGCCUGAAAAGAAAAGGAGGCAUCCCUCAUCCGGACGACCCCCUCGCACUCACGCAGAUGUCAAGACACGUGGGGAACUUCUAUCUGGACCACUACGUGCAUGUAGUAGUUGCGUAAAUAUAUUUAUUUUAUUAAUAUUUAUUUCAUUAAAUUUCGGUCUAAAUACUUCAACAUUUUACAUGCAUUUUUUCGAUUUGUAUGGCGUGUUUGAUAUGCAAAAAUAGGUCUGAAAAUUGAAGU